GCGGAAUACUACUUGAAUAUGAGAACAUUUAAAAUGCGUGUGAACCAAUAGACGCACAACGAACGAAACGCAGAAGAGCGGUCACAUGUCAGCCAGUUCAAGGUCGUGGAAGCGAAACGGGGCGAGUCUCCCAAGAUCUUAGAAGCUUUAACUCAAAUGAGCCAGAGUAUAACUGUUCCUGUGACUUUUAUACGUUCAUUCAAGUACCGUACAACGUGUUAUUUGCCUUUGUCGAACAUUCCUCAGUCGGCGACUGUAAAAGACCUGUUCGAUCGCAUACAUCAUGAAGUAAAAAUCUCUUCGGUUAUACCUCCUCCUUUCAAGAACCUUUGUUACGAUGCGCUGAAAGUUCGCCAUAAAGCUUUUAACACAAAGUCUGGAGAACUGUUAAUUGAUUUAGAAGGUGAUCCUAUUUCGAGCAAUUCGGACUUAACUCUAGAAUCUCUUGGAAUAGGUAUGUUUAUUACAGAUAUAUCAAGGCUCUUAUUUUCAUGUACGAACAUUUUUAUAUUUAUGUGAAAAAACGUAAUCAAUUGAGAAAAUAUUUGACUUGCUAACCGUUAAUGUAUUUUAAUAGGCGCAGAGUCUAUGAGGUACAAAGUCCUGAAAUGAUAAAAUGAUUUAUAGUUUCGCAAUGAGUCUUAUUAAUCGUUUUAAGUGAAUAAAGAAUUCAAAGGUUGUGUAAAGCACGAGUUUAAUAAAAACAAGUCCGUUAACUACAUAAAAGUAGUGUGUCAGUUUCGGGGGCAUUACUUUCGAACGACCUGGUACGGCCAAGAGUGGGGAGAGUCCGCUCUCCCUCUCCAAAUACUCUCACACGGCCGCGCGUAUAAAGCCUCUGCCAGGGAAGUCCUACUCAUUGCCCUCUCGUGGCGGGGGUGUUGUUUACGAAAAUGAGAGGACGAUAAGCGAACUUCCGGCGCUUUAACCGGAUCACAAACCAAUAGUGCACAUGGGCUCCAGUAUCCUGCGGGAACAAAUGGCGUAUGAACCAAUCGUUGGUCACCGGUUACCAUGGGAUUGCAUCUCCUUACGAUGCUCCACUGCCUUGUGGGUUAGACCAUUAGGUCAAAGGCUCGGGGUGUGGCUCCCUAAGAUAACCACCUGCUUCGAUUUGGGCACCCGGGCAGUAUCACAACCCACGCACAAAUGAUGAACUCUUUAUGUCUAUGGAAACUACCUUUCUCGCUUCGAAAAACAAUAAAUUGAUUCAAAUUAUUAUCAUUACAAUUAUUGUCAUUAUUAAUAUUAUUAUUACCAUUAUUGUUAUUAUUAUCUUCCACAUUAUUCACCCUCUUUUAUACUUAUACAGCGGCUCGUCUUUGGUGGAAAUCCGACUGUAUCUAAACGUUCUCGAGUCACUGUCCGGUUGAAAAUUGUAUGUUACCAACGAAUAUGAGUACUGAAGCAGUUUUUGUGAAACCACGUGCGCCAUUCAAACUGGCUACCUUCAACGUUCGCACACUUAUGCA